AUGAACGAGUCAGGGAAAAAAUCGACAAGUUCAGUAGACCCAUUACUAAAACUGAAGGAGGAGAGAGAAAAAUUAAUUCAAUGGUCUAUUAAAUUAAAAAAUAAUAACUCUUCUUUCUUAUGUUCUGAUAAGGUAGAUGAGGAAGCACGAGAAAGGAAAUACUCAAGUGAUGAUUCAUUGGAACAACACGAAUAUGAAAUCGGAGUGGAGAGAAGAGGUAUGCAACAUAAUAAAUGGAAAAAUAAUGAAGGUGAGGAAUACACUAAUGAGAAAGGUGAGAUAGAAUAUGAUACAGGAGAAAAAAACGGUAUUAACAAAGUUAGACUUAAUAUAAAGGGGAACCUUGAAGACAUGAGCAAAUUUCACUUAAAUGUUCAGAAAAAUAAAUUGAAAAAUGAAUACCCAUCGUGGGAGGAGGAAGAGGAGAAGGGACAUGUACUACCAAAAUUAGAAGAGAAUAAGGGGAGACAAAACAGAUUUGCAACACAUGGAAGAAGAUCAAAUUCAAGUGGAAGUGAUGAUGAGAAGAAGAAUUCAGUGAAACUAAAUUACAUUGAGAAGUAUUACAAUAAAGAGAAAAAUCUAAAUAACGAAUUUAAGGAGUCAAUCAUCAGCGAUAGCUCAGCAGAUUCUAUUGAACCAAACUCUCUGCACAGUGCGAUGAACAAAAGAAUAAAUAAUGUUUACAAGAAUUAUAAACCAGAUAUACACAUAAAGGAAUCUUUUUUUAAAAUCCCAACGGAUGUAAAUGUAAAAGACGAAAAAAUAAUAUCAGAAAAGAGCAGAAACAAAUCCAACACAUUAAGUUCAAACAGUGAUGACACGUACCCCAAUUUGAACACUGCUAAUACUAAGAGGAGAAUCAAAUUAACAAGAAAAGUGAAAAAAAAUGAAACAAAAAAUAGCAUUAACAAUUUUUUAAAUACAAAGGUUUCUAUUUGGGGAUCUAAGUAUAUCCCUACUGAGCAAGAUGAGAACAGCUAUAAAAACGACACUAUAGACAAUCAUAAUGAUAGUAAUUUCAAUUACAAAUCAUCAAAUGAAAGCGUGAAAACAUUUUUACCUGUUGCUAAUCAAAUAACUUCGAGGGAUAAUUUCUCUUGUACAACUCUACAUUCAAAUAAUAACGAAAUUGAACAAAAUAGUAGAAGAACAAAUGGAACCAAAUUAAAAUGUAAAGAAUCGAAAAAGUUAACUAGUUUACUAGAAGAAAAGGUAUAUAUGUUAGAAAAUAAGAAAGAAAUUUUAAAUGACAAAAUAAAAGAUCUACAUGAUAAUACAUAUACCCUAAUGGAUGCACAAGAAAGAGACAAUUUAACCAUACAACAUUAUGAAAUGCUAAUAAAAAACUUGGAAUCCAAAUAUAAUAAACUAUUUAACAUGUAUCAGGAGCUAGAUGAACAUCGAAUUUCUUAUGUUGAUGCAUAUCGAGAAAAACAAACGAAGAUAGAAAAUCUGUGUGCAAUUAUGCAAAUUAAAAGUGAAGAAAGCUUGAAAUUAACACAAGAAAUUAAUAUACUUAAAAAAAGAAAUGAAGAAAUACAAGGACAAAUUUAUGAAUACAUAAAAGAUAUAGAAGAUAAAGAAAUUGUUUUAAAUAAAAAGAAAGAAGAAUGCAUCACUUUGAAAAAUUCUCUUGAAACAGCUAACAAAGAAAAUACAGACCUACACUAUAGACUAGAUCAAGUAAGUAAAGAAUUAAACGAAGCAUUAAACCAAAAUAAAAUCUUACAAGAAGAGAAUGAUAAUAUAAAGCAUAAAUACAAAACUAUGAGCAAAAGUGGCAACAGUAUCAACAAUUUUUUCAUUCCCAAAAUAGAAAAUUUGAUAGAUAUCAUUAAUAAAAUAUUUCAAAUUUUUAAAUCCAAUGAUGAAAACAUUUUAACUUAUGUUAAUUUUUUUAAAGAAAAUGCAUCUCUCAUUGAAGAAAAAUUAUCAAAUAAUGACAAUACAUGUGACGACAUCAUUCGUUUGUUAGACACCAACUUAUUAGACUCUCUGGCAAAGGUUGUCAAGCAAAGAGAAAAGGAAUAUAAUGAACAAAAAGAAAAAAUGAAAAUUAAAUUCGAUGAUCAAAUUUUAAAUAUGUAUGAAAUGAAUAUUAACAAUGUUGAAGUUGCUAAUAGUUAUAUAAACGAACUAAAAAAUAAAUUAUCUUCUGUUAUUAUCCAGAGAAAUAAUAUAAAGAAAAAAACCUUACUCCUAUCUAUUGGACAAGGUAGAUUAAAUGAUAGACCAAUAAUUGAUGAGAUAAAAAAAAUGAAUAUUGGAACGCUCUUACAUAAGUGCAAAUAUCACGGCUUUAGGCACAUACCGGUGCCUAUAUAUAUGAAAAUUGUGAAUAAUCGAUUUAUCAAUUGGACCAAAAAUCUUAAGGGAAAAAGCGGGUUCAAGCGGAAGAAGUUGAUAGACAUUCAGGACAUAACAUCCAUUGAAUACGGACUAAAUAGCAGACCUGUGUAUUGGCUUAUUGAAAAGAAUAAUAAAAAGAAUCUUAAGAAAAAGAAAAUAAAACCCAACCAAGUUUACAAUAAUGCGUAUAAGAUACACCCUUGUAAAUGUUUCACAUUACGUACCAGAGAAAGAACUUAUGAUUUUUUUUCAAAUGAUGAAGACGUUAUUGCUACAUGGGUGAUAGGACUUGGUGUGUUGUGCUACCAAUACAAUAAAUCUGCUAAUAUACAAUCAAGAUCUGAAUUUAUUGUUAAAAAAGUUCAGUUGAAAUUGAAGUUACACUGUAUUAAGCGGAAUAUAAAUUAUACUACUUUGUGGAAAGAAGCCAUUGAAAAGACGAAGGAACAAUUGUCAUUGUGA